AAGCUCCCCAAAUUGGGUAGGCAGCGCAGACUGUACCCUGGACUUUCCGCAGAAAGGAACAUCAAAAAGUGCUUGUGUAAGCAGAACUGAGUUCGCUAAGCUGAGGUGCAGAAUGCCUGCUUGAGGAGGAAAGAAAGUAAUAGAAGAGUCUAAGAGAACUAUAUCCAGUCAAGAAGCGUACCAACAUCGUGACCCCAAGUACAGACCUGCGAUUUUCAACUUGGCAAAGAUGGGGAUCCAAACGGUUUUGAGUCCUCGACACCUUUUUCUCGGAGUGUUGUUGCUACAGUUAAUCACUUUUCUCCAGAAAACCUCUGCAGCCCCAUCGCCCAUUAUCAAAUUCCCCGGAGACGAUAGUAGUCCAAAAACAGACAAAGAGGUGGCACUGCACUAUCUGAAUAAGUUUUACGGCUGCCCACAAGACAGAUGUAACCUCAUGGUGCUGAAGGACACACUGAAGAAGAUGCAAAAGUUCUUCUCACUGCAAGAGACAGGUGAGAUCGACCCCAAGACAGUGGAGAUCAUGAAGAAGCCCCGCUGUGGCGUUCCAGAUGUUGCAGAAUACAACUUCUUCCACAGGAAACCCAUGUGGCAGAAACACGACAUCACCUACAGGAUCCUAGGUCACUCUCCUGACCUGGACGAGGGGACUAUUGAUGACGCCUUUUUCAGGGCCUUCAAAGUGUGGAGUGACGUCACCCCGCUCAAAUUUACUCGCCUCAUGGACGGAGAAGCUGACAUCAUGAUCAACUUUGGCCGCAAUGAACACGGUGAUGGCUACCCCUUUGAUGGUAAAGAUGGUCUGCUGGCCCACGCCUUCGCUCCUGGUCCUGGCAUCGGGGGAGACUCCCACUUUGAUGACGAUGAACAGUGGACCCUGGGAGAGGGACAAGUGGUGAAGGUGAAGUUUGGUAAUGCAGAUGGUGAGUUCUGUAAGUUCCCAUUCAUGUUUAUGGGGACAGAGUACAACAGCUGUACCUCUCAGGGCCGUGACGAUGGAUUCCUCUGGUGCUCCACCACAUACAACUUUGAUGACGAUGGCAAAUACGGUUUCUGUCCCCAUGAAUUGUUGUUCACCCUGGGUGGAAAUGCGGAUGGAGCGCCCUGUAAGUUUCCCUUCACCUUCCAGGGGGACAAGUAUGAGAGUUGCACCACUCAAGGGCGCGACGAUGGUUAUCGCUGGUGUGCUACAACUGAGAACUAUGAUAAUGACAAGUCCUAUGGAUUCUGCCCUGAAACAGCAAUGUCCACAGUAGGAGGAAAUUCUGAGGGUUCCCCCUGUGUGUUCCCCUUCACGUUUUUGGGGGACACUUAUGAUGGUUGCACAGCAUCUGGACGUAGUGAUGGUAAGAUGUGGUGUGCCACAACCAAGAGCUACGAUGAUGACCGCAAGUGGGGCUUUUGUCCUGAUCAAGGCUACAGUUUGUUCCUGGUUGCUGCCCAUGAGUUUGGCCAUGCCCUGGGGUUGGAGCAUUCCCAGGACCCUGGGGCCCUGAUGGCCCCAAUCUAUACUUUCACCAAGAACUUCAGACUGUCCAACGACGAUAUCAAGGGCAUCCAGGAGCUCUAUGGUGGUUCUACAGACAAGCCAUUGUCUCCCACCCAGGGCCCAGUCACUCCCAUGGAUAUCUGUAACCAACCUGUGGUGUUUGAUGCUGUGGCCCAGAUCAGAGGAGAAACCUUCUUCUUCAAGGACAGGUUUAUAUUCAGGUCAACCAACUUUCGGGGCAAGCCCUCAGGUCCCAUGCUGGUUGCUACCUACUGGCCGGAGCUCCCCGCCACCAUCGAUGCCGCCUAUGAGAACCCCCUGGAGGAGAGGACUGUAUUCUUUGCAGGUAAUGAGAUGUGGAUCUUCAAUGCCGACCAGAUAGAAAAAGGCUACCCCAAGAGAAUCUCUUCCAUGGGCCUGCCAACAGACCUGAAGAAGAUUGAUGCAGCUUUCUCCUUUGGAAAGAGCAAGAAGACAUACCUGUUUGCUGGAGACAAGUUCUGGAGGUACAAUGAAGAGAAGAAGAAGAUGGACACUGGCUUCCCAAAGCUCAUCGCUGAUUCCUGGAACGGAAUUCCAGAUGACAUCGACUCUGCCUUUAGUCUGAACGGCAUUGAUUACACCUACUUCUUCAAAGGUGCUCACUACUUCAAACUGGAUGACAGCAGCCUGAAGAUUGUCAAACUGGGUGAGAUUACAAAGGACUGGCUGGGAUGUCACUAAGGAAAAGUGAGACACAUAUCCAUUGGAUCUCCCCUUUCAUGACCCCUGACCCCAUGAAGACCUUGUUAUCAUGCCAAUGCACACAUCUGUGUCAAUGUCAGACACAGUGUACAUUGUUAUGGCUAUUCAGCAUAGCAAUGUUGUGGGCAAGCUCUCAGCGGACUGAUUCCAAGCCCCUAUCCUACCAGUAUAUCGUGCCUCCUAGCCUGGGAAUAUAGCCUGUGAAGCAUCUUGGGAAAAUCUCCAUAGGCUGAACAUAGGCAACAGGAGUUAAAAUAAUUACAGUGUGAUAUUUUCUGUUUAUGUGUUGUGCUGAUGCAGAUUUACACAGAUUUCUUUUUACUUUACCCCUUUUGUUUGUUCUUAAAAACUCAGACAUCCGGUAUGUCCGCACUGUAUAGAGACAUGCAGUGCUGUACUGUAAUAUAUUCUCCCUUUACAAAUGUAGUUUCGCUAGAGCAGUAUUGCUUCAUCUGAAGAAUUUAUGUCUGCUUUAUUUACUGCUGUGUCUGCAAUGUGUAAAGUGCAAGAUAUUGCAAUAGAAGGAAACAGAUUUAAGUAAUUUAGAUGUGGAAUAGGGCUACAUUUGAAAAGAUGGAUUUGCACAGUAUCUGGAUAAAUAAUUGUGCGUACAGAAAAUGUACAUUUAUUUGCACAAUCCUAUAUUUAAUAUAAAAUGUUCUAAAUUCUGUUCAGACUGUUUUCAAAAGUGAGUACUUAUAGGCACACCUUGUUCUUCAUACAGGGCUAGCAUUUUGUAUAGGUUUAUACAGAGGUACCGCACAAAUAUGGAGGCCAAAUUGAGGAAUGCUAUAGGAUUUGUCUAUUGUAAUGGUACAGGGAGGUGAAAGGCACAGGCUGCCUGCUCUGGUUUGUUGUUGCAUGAUGGAAUCAUGACAUGUACCACAUAAGUAUUGUUUAAUCUUUUUUGUAUUGUUGUUUUGAUACUAAAGUCAUCUUGUUUUGAUUUAUAUGUUGUUGUUUUUAUAAUGCUUUGUGCACUUUGUCAUUCUCUGUUGGUAAAUGAAUAAAGAUGGAUGGUCAAUACAUUUUA